UGGGAUCGGGGACCCGGCGCGGCUCGGCGCGGCCCUGGUCGGCUGGCCGGUCGCUGUCCACGACCGGUGGUGCUGAACGCCGGGCCGGGAGGCGAUGGGCCGCUAGCGGGCAGCCCGGGCGGGCAGCGGCGCCAUGGUGAAGCGCAAGAGCGCCGACGGGCCCGAGCAGGAGAGCGGCCGGGGAGUCCCGCUGCCCAUCCAGACCUUCCUUUGGAGGCAGACCAGCGCGUUUUUGAGGCCCAAACUUGGAAAACAAUAUGAAGCAUCAUGUGUGUCCUUUGAAAGGGUAUUGGUCGAGAACAAGCUGCACGGGCUUUCGCCAGCCCUCUCGGAAGCCAUACAGAGCAUUUCUCGCUGGGAACUGGUCCAAGCCGCCUUGCCACAUGUGCUGCACUGCACGGCCACCCUGCUUUCCAAUCGCAACAAGCUAGGACAUCAGGACAAACUUGGGGUGGCGGAAACAAAGCUUCUUCACACCCUCCACUGGAUGCUUCUGGAAGCGCCUCAGGACUGCAGCAAUGACCGCUUCAGGGGUGGAGAGCGGGCAUCCAGCUGGAGAAGCGGCAGUAGUGUCUUCAUCCACCAGAUGGAGAACCAAGGCUCUCCGGGACACCCAAGGCGGGACAGCACCAAUGACGAAGAAGAGAAUAACCGGAGAAAGUUCUUCCAGAAUUCCAUGGCCACGGUGGAGCUCUUUGUCUUCUUGUUUGCACCUCUGGUUCAUAGGAUUAAAGAAUCCGAUCUGACUUUCCGUCUGGCCAGUGGGCUUGUUAUCUGGCAGCCGAUGUGGGAACACAGGCAACCCGAAGUCUCAGCUUUUACCUCAAUGGUGAAACCCAUCAGGAAUAUAAUCACAGCUAAGAGAACUUCUCCAAUCAAAAACCAGAUUUUGACAUAUGAGUCUCCUACUGUGGAUGCUGGCUGUACUGAGGGACUACAAGUCGUGUGUGAAACAGCCCAGCCCGAUUCUGUGCCUCCCAAGCCAGCUGUCGCAGGUUGUCAUCGUGGAAACUCUAUUGAGGGAAGUGUGUCAUCCCAAGCGUCCCAGGAGAAGGGUCCUCCACAUCCCAGAGUGUCGUUGGUGAUUCCACCAUGCCAAAAGUCUCGGUACGCCACCUACUUCGAUGUGGCAGUGUUACGUUGCCUGCUUCAGCCACAUUGGUCCGAGGAAGGUACGCAAUGGUCCCUGAUGUACUACCUCCAAAGGCUGCGCCAUAUGUUAGAGGAAAAGCCUGAGAAACCUCCAGACCCAGAAGUUCCACCGUUGCCCAGACCCCGUAGCAGUUCUAUGGUGGCCGCUACUCCCUCGUUGGUGAAUACUCACAAAACCCAGGAUCUCACCAUGAAAUGCAAUGAAGAGGAGAAAUCUCUGAGCACGGAAGCAUUUGCCAAAGUGUCAUUAACCAACCUGCGCCGGCCAGCUGUCCCAGACCUUUCCUCAGAUUUGGGGAUAAACAUUUUUAAGAAGUUCAAGAGUCGCAAAGAGGAUCGUGAGCGCAAGGGCUCUAUCCCUUUCCAUCACACUGGGAAGAAACGGCAGCGGCGAAUGGGCAUGCCGUUCCUGCUCCAUGAAGACCACUUGGACGUCUCGCCUACUCGGAGCACUUUCUCCUUUGGUAGCUUCUCUGGGAUCGGUGAAGACAGACGUGGGAUUGAAAGAGGAGGGUGGCAAACUGCCUUCUUAGGAAGGUUUACCAGGCGGGGCAGUUCCGAUACAGCUACAGAGAUGGAAAGUCUGAGCGCCAGGCAUUCCCACUCCCACCAUACCCUGGUUACCGACCUGCCGGACCACUCCAACAGCCAUGUACGCUCCCAAAUCUCCACCAUCACAGUGGCAACCUUCAACACCACCCUGGCCUCCUUCAACGUGGGCUAUGCAGACUUCUUCAGUGAACACAUGCGCAAGCUAUGCAAUCAAGUGCCCAUCCCAGAGUUGCCUCAUGAGCCUCUGGCGUGUGCUAAUCUCCCGCGGAGUUUGACGGAUUCCUGCAUCAACUAUAGCUGCCUCGAGGACACGGACCACAUUGACGGCACCAGCAAUUUUGUCCACAAGAACGGCAUGCUGGAUCUCUCGGUGGUUCUAAAGGCUGUUUAUUUGGUCCUGAACCACGAUAUCAGUUCCCGAAUCUGUGACGUGGCCCUCAACAUUGUGGAGUGCCUGCUUCAGCUCGGGGUGGUGCCCUGUGUGGAGAAGGCCAGAAGGAAAAGCGAGAACAAAGAGAAUGAGCCCAGUGAAAAGAGGCAGAGCGAGACCUCCUUCCAACUCAAGGGAGCCUUGAGCAACUCGGCAUCUGGAUUUGGGACUGCUCCAGUCAGCGGCACUGGAGAUGGUGGGGGAGAAGAAGGAGGAGGAGGAGGCAGCAGCGGAGGAGGCGGCGGGGGCAGUGGAGGUGAUGGAGGUGAUGGAGGAGGAGAUGGAGGAGAAGGAGGAGGAGGAGGAAGGCCGUAUGAAAAGAACGAUAAAAAGGAAGACAAGGAUGAAAGCACCCCUGCAAGCACACACAGGUUAGCUUUGACAAUGUUGAUCAAAAUUGUGAAGUCUUUGGGCUGUGCGUAUGGCUGUGGAGAAGGCCACCGUGGGCUAUCUGGAGACCGCCUGAGACAUCAGGCUCAAAACUGCCUCACAAAAUUGUACAAGCUGGAUAAAAUGCAGUUCCGGCAAACCAUGAGGGACUACGUGAACAAAGACUCGCUCAACAAUGUGGUGGAUUUUUUACACGCUUUGCUGGGAUUCUGCAUGGAGCCCGUCACUGACAACAGAGCUGGUUUUGGAAACAACUUCAGCACGGUGGACAAUAAGUCCACAGCUCAAAGCGUGGAAGGUAUCAUCGUCAGCGCCAUGUUUAAAUCGCUGAUCACCCGUUGUGCCUCUACAACGCACGAGCUCCACAGUCCGGAGAAUCUGGGAUUGUACUGUGACAUCAGGCAACUGGUUCAGUUUAUCAAGGAAGCUCAUGGGAAUGUCUUUAGAAGAGUUGCUCUGAGUGCACUUCUGGAUAGUGCGGAGAAGCUGGUACCAGGAAGAAAAUCAGACGAAAUGACUGAACAAGAACUCAAACCCCCAAGCAGUAAAAGAUCUGAAGUUGGAAGUGUUGUAAUUGACAAAAGCCAGCCACCAUCUGCUCCUGACGAAUGCCGUAGUUAUAUCUCAAGCCGCCCCUUACAGACUCCAGAGCAUGAUGAGCAGAUGCAAGGAGCCGCCCUUGGCCGCAAAGACUUCUGGAGGAAGAUGUUUAAAUCCCAGAGUGCCGCGAGCGAUACCAGCAGCCAGUCGGAGCAGGAUACCUCAGAAUGCACCACAGCUCACUCGGCGACGACCACCGAGAGGCGUUCACGCUCCCGCUCAAGACGGAUCUCUCUCAGAAAGAAGCUCAAACUCCCGCUCGGGAACUGGCUAAAACGCUCAUCCCUUUCUGGUCUAGCAGAUGGCGUCGAAGAUCUUCUGGAUAUCAGCUCUGUAGACCGCCUGUCUUUCAUCAGGCAGAGUUCCAAGGUGAAAUUCACGAGUGCAGUGAAGCUGUCCGAAGGAGGCCCAGGUAGUGGUUUGGAGAACGGGAGGGAAGAAGAGGAGAAUUUCUUCAAGCGUCUUGGCUGCCAGACCUAUGAUGAUCACCAGGCUUCCAACCAAGAUGGAGGCAAGUCCAAGAAUGUUGUGAACCUCGGAGCGAUACGGCAAGGCAUGAAGCGCUUUCAGUUUCUCUUAAACUGCUGCGAACCUGGAACUAUACCUGACGCGUCUAUCCUGGCGGCUGCUCUUGAUCUUGAGGCACCCGUGGUAGCAAGGUCUGCCCUUUUCCUGGAAUGUGCACGCUUUGUUCACCGCUGCAACCGUGGCAAUUGGCCGGAAUGGAUGAAGGGACACCAUGUGAACAUCACCAAAAAGGGUCUAUCCAGGGGAAGAUCCCCAAUAGUGGGGAACAAACGCAACCAGAAGUUACAAUGGAACGCCGCCAAGCUUUUUUACCAGUGGGGAGAUGUCAUCGGAGCCCGCCUCAACGAGCUCUGCCAUUGCGAAAGCGAGAGCCCGGCGAAUUUGCUAGGCCUCAUUUACGAUGAGGAGACCAAACGGAGGCUGAGAAAAGAGGAUGAGGAAGAAGACUUUUUAGAUGACAGUACUGUGAACCCUACCAAAUGUUGCUGCCCUUUUGCCCUGAAGAUGGCUGCUUGCCAGCUCCUCCUGGAAAUUACCACGUUCCUCCGAGAGACUUUUCCCUACAUGCCCAGGCCUCGUACCGAACCUCUUGUGGAUCUGGAGAGCUGUAGAUUACGGUUGGACCCGGAGAUGGAUCGCCACAGGUAUGAGAGGAAGAUCAGCUUUGCUGGAGUUCUGGAUGAGAAUGAAGACUCCAAAGAUUCCUUACACAGUAGCAGCCAUACUUUGAAAUCUGACACAGGUUGUGAAGAGAAGAAAGGAUUUCAUUUCCUGCAGGUGAUGAGUCUGUCCCCAGCCCCGGUAUCACUGCUGAUCAAGGCAGCUCCCAUCCUUACAGAAGAGAUGUACGGGGACAUCCAGCCCGCUGCCUGGGAGUUGCUCCUCAGCAUGGAUGAGCACAUGGCCGGUGCAGCAGCUGCCAUGUUUCUUUUGUGCGCCGUGAAAGUGCCCGACGCUGUUUCGGAUAUGCUGAUGUCUGAAUUCCAUCACCCUGAGGCCGUGCAAAGAUUGAAUGCGAUUCUCAAGUUCCACACCCUCUGGAGGUUCCGGUAUCAGGUCUGGCCUCGGAUGGAGGAAGGAGCUCAGCAGAUCUUUAAGAUUCCUCCCCCCAGCAUUAACUUCACCCUACCAUCCCCAGUCCUGGGAAUGCCCUCCGUACCCAUGUUCGAUCCCCCGUGGGUUCCACAGUGUGGUGGAAGCGUGCAGGAGCCCAUUAAUGAAGAUCAGUCUAAGUCAUUCUCAGCCCGGGCCGUGUCUCGCUCUCAUCAGCGAGCAGAGCACAUCCUGAAAAACCUGCAGCAGGAAGAGGAGAAGAAGCGUCUGGGGCGAGAAGCCAGUCUGAUCACGGCCAUUCCCAUCACUCAGGAGGCUUGCUACGAACCGACCUGUCCUCCCAACGCAGAACAGGAAGAGGAAGUAGAAGAAGUUGUCAACCUGGCAUCUCGCCGUCUCUCUGUGAGUCCAUCUUGCACCUCCAGCACGUCACACAGGAAUUACUCCUUCCGGCGUGGCUCAGUGUGGUCGGUACGUUCGGCAGUCAGUGCAGAAGACGAGGAGCACACGACAGAGCACACGCCAAACCAUCACGUCCCACAACCUCCUCAGGCAGUGUUCCCAGCAUGCAUCUGUGCAGCUGUGCUCCCCAUUGUUCACUUGAUGGAAGAUGGAGAAGUUCGGGAGGAUGGCGUAGCAGUGAGCGCUGUGGCUCAGCAGGUCCUGUGGAACUGUCUCAUCGAAGAUCCUUCUACGGUUCUUCGGCAUUUUCUGGAGAAGCUGACAAUCAGCAAUCGACAGGAUGAGUUGAUGUAUAUGCUGAGGAAGCUGCUACUCAACAUUGGAGAUUUCCCUGCUCAGACAUCCCAUAUACUCUUCAAUUACUUGGUGGGACUGAUCAUGUACUUUGUGCGCACACCAUGUGAAUGGGGCAUGGAUGCCAUUUCAGCAACGCUGACCUUCCUGUGGGAAGUGGUGGGCUACGUGGAAGGACUUUUCUUCAAGGAUCUCAAGCAGACUAUGAAGAAAGAGCAGUGCGAAGUGAAGCUGCUAGUUACUGCCUCGAUGCCAGGCACGAAGACCUUGGUGGUUCACGGGCAAAACGAGUGUGACAUUCCAACCCAGCUACCAGUGCAUGAAGAUACCCAAUUUGAAGCCCUUUUAAAGGAAUGUCUGGAAUUCUUUAACAUACCCGAAGCUCAGUCUUCUAACUACUUUUUAAUGGAUAAACGAUGGAAUCUUAUUCAUUAUAGUAAGACCUACGUCCGUGAUAUUUAUCCGUUUCGACGAUCAGUGUCUCCCCAGCUGAAUUUGGUCCACAUGCAUCCCGAGAAAGGCCAGGAGCUCAUACAAAAACAGGUGUUUACACGCAAGUUAGAGGAAGUGGGCCGUGUCCUGUUCUUAAUUUCUUUGACUCAGAAGAUCCCUGCUGCUCAUAAGCAAUCUCACGUAUCCCUGCUGCAAGAGGACCUUCUGCGCUUACCCUCUUUCCCUCGCAGUGCCAUCGAUGCAGAGUUCUCCCUCUUCAAUGACCCACAAGCUGGGAAGGAGCUCUUUGGCCUCGAUACCCUUCAGAAAAGCUUGUGGAUCAAACUACUGGAGGAGAUGUUCCUGGGGAUGCCCAGUGAGUUUCCCUGGGGGGAUGAAAUCAUGCUCUUCCUGAACGUUUUCAACGGAGCCCUAAUCCUGCACCCGGAGGACAGUGCGCUGUUGAGGCAGUAUGCGGCCACUGUCAUCAACACAGCUGUGCACUUCAACCACCUCUUUUCCCUCAGUGGAUACCAGUGGAUCCUUCCCACAAUGCUUCAGGUAUAUGCUGACUAUGAAAGCAACCCCCAGCUACGUCAAGCGACUGAAUUUGCUUGCCGCCAGUUUUACAUCCUGCAUCGUAAGCCGUUUGUGCUGCAAUUAUUUGCCAGUGUAGCUCCGCUUCUGGAGUUCCCGGAUACAAUCAGCAAUGGGCCAAGCAAAGGCGUGUCAGCUCAGUGUUUGUUUGACUUGCUACAAUCCUUAGAAGGAGAUACUCUGGACAAUCUGGACAUUCUGGAACUGGUGAAAGCUGAAAAGCCUCUGAAAUCUUUAGAUUUCUGCUAUGGCAACGAGGACCUGACUUUUUCCAUCAGCGAGGCCAUCAAGUUGUGUGUCACAGUCGUGGCCUAUGCCCCUGAAUCAUUCAGAAGGUACCAAUUGUGGGGGUUCGUUUAUCAGUUUUGUUUGUAGGACACCUGUGGGCCUCAUGUCAGCAUAUAAUACUUCUCAGAAUGUUC